UGUUUUUUAUCCCUGUCAGGUAUUGCUUUGUUUUUGCUUUGGGAUACCUCACUGUGUGCCAAAUUACUAGAGUCUAUAUCUUUGAUUAUGGACAGUAUUCUGCUGAUUUUUCUGGUCCAAUGAUGAUAAUUACACAGAAGAUCACUAGUUUGGCAUUUGAGAUUCAUGAUGGUAUGUUUCGAAAAAAUGAAGAUUUGACACCAUCACAGAGGUGUUUGGCUGUAAGACGCAUGCCAAGUCUACUGGAAUAUUUAAGUUACAACUGUAAUUUCAUGGGUAUCCUGGCAGGCCCGUUAUGCUCUUACAAAGACUAUAUUACUUUCAUUGAAGGCAGAUCAUACCAACUGCAACAGUCUGAAGCAAAUGGGAAGGAAGAUACAAAAUAUGAACAAACGGAUCCUUCUCCAAAUAUAGCUGUGGCACAGAAGCUCUUAAUCUGUGGACUGUCCUUACUCUUUCACAUGACUAUUACAAAAACACUGCCUGUGGAAUACAACAUUGAUGAGAACUUCAGAGCUACAGCAUCGUGGCCUGUAAGGGUUUUCUACCUAUACUUGUCUCUCAUGGCUGCCAGACCCAAGUAUUAUUUUGCAUGGACUUUAGCAGAUGCAAUUAAUAAUGCAGCAGGAUUUGGUUUUAGAGGCUACGAUAAAAAUGGAGUUACACGUUGGGAUCUAAUAUCAAAUCUGAGAAUCCAGCAGAUAGAGUCUUCCACAAGCUUCAAGAUGUUUCUUGAUAACUGGAAUAUCCAAACAGCUCUUUGGCUUAAAAGAGUAUGCUACGAGCGAGCCACCUUCAGUCCAACAAUCCAAACAUUCAUCCUUUCUGCCAUUUGGCAUGGGGUUUACCCAGGAUAUUACUUAACAUUUUUAACAGGAGUACUAAUGACGCUAGCAGCACGAGCUAUUAGAAACAAUAUCAGACACUAUUUUGUUGAAUCUCCUGCUGUUAAACUAUGUUAUGAUAUUAUAACAUGGAUGACAACGCAAGUAGCAAUAAGUUACACAGUUGUGCCAUUUGUACUGCUUUCUGUGAAACCCUCUUUCACCUUUUACAGCUCCUGCUAUUUCUGUCUUCAUAUCGCCAGCAUCCUGGUGUUGUUGGUAUUUCCAUUGAAAAGAACUCAAAAAGGAAAUAAAAAGCAUGAAAGCAUCCAGCCAGUGUGGUCCAAAAAACUAGAAGAAGAAAAUCUUUUGCAAAAGAACAAUUAUUCCACAACAAAUAAUAGUUUCAGUCAGAAAGAAGAAAUAACCUGCAGAUAUCAAGCACUAAAGCAGUGAUUGAGGAAUAUUAUGAUCAAUAUAUUUUGUAUGUUUUCAGAAACCCAUUUUUAGCACCUUUUAAAGGGGUUUGUAUUUGUUUGCAAAGAUGUUUAGUAUGAAAAGAAUGCAUUACCUAGGAAAAUCACAUACAAUAGCAAGACUGGAAACAAAACAGAUUAACCCCUCCCAUGCCAUGUCCCGGUGGGUCACGCCUUAUAAGAAGAUAUUACCAUUAUUUCAAUGGGCACUCAGGACUUGCAACGUAUGUCCAUAGGGUCAUAUGUGUGCCCUUGCUGAAUGUACGUUGUGUAUCCCAAGGCACUGAUGGGGUGAAAUGAAAUCGUGUCAAUCUAGGAUUAACAAAUGGAAAUUAAUUUUUCCAAAUGAAUGACUUGCCUUAAACCCUCUAUUUACUGAAACAUUGUUUCUAAGUGGUAUUUUCAAGUCUGAUUUUGUGGAAAGUAUUUCAAAUAUUUAAUACUAUAUGCUAUAAAGAAGAUACAAAUAUGAAAAGCAAAGUCAUUGGAAGGUUUUUGAACCUCUUCUCUAAAAGGGAAUUGCAAUAAGCAUCUCAGUAUUUGGAGGGUUUUCUUAAAGUAUCUCAAACAAUUACAGUACAUUAUGGAACUGUAAACAUUACUGAUGCCAAAUUAUAGUUAGGUUUCUGUGACAGAAUCUAAUAAAGCAUAGCCCUUCUGAACAGGUUAAAAAAAAAAAAAUCAUCUUAAGGUUCACCUUUUCCAGGGCUUCACAGCUCUAACUUAGGUUUCCUUUAAUUUCAAGUACAUGAAAACAACAAAAAACACCACUGAGUGGGCUCUGCAGUUAGAGAAGGAAAGGCAGCCAAAGGAUGCUGAAGACAAUGUACAAGCACCAGAACUUCAAUGGAAAUUUGUUUUUACUCUUAAAUACCAGAAAUAUUUGUUCUAGAAUAUAAUUAUUUUACCAAAAGAGUGGUUUUAGUACUUAAAAACAAAGUAAUUUUGAAUUUCAAGGCAUACAGCAUUGAUGAUGCUAGCAGUAAUUAACUUGAGGUCUAGUUCAUAAUCAAAUAUGAAAUCAUCAUGGUGAACAAGAUCUGUAUGCUUGAUCAUUGAUUUCCCUUUAUGCAAAGAAGUAUAUGAACUGGGGGAAAAGAUUUUUCUUUAAAUUAGAAUUUUAGAUGCAGGUUUCACAUGGCACUUGUAGGUGAAAUAAUGAAAGAAAGAAAUGCGUGAGAAUAUCUGACUGAAUCAUGGCAGAAAGUCAAGGGAAUGAUGCAUUGGUUCUAUCUACUCCAGACCAUUUGUUGAGAUGAUGGUCACUGCUAGAGUACUGUUUUAAAGGGCUACAUUUUAAUUGUUUGUAUUCUGUGUUAUCUCUCUUUUUCUAUUUUUUUUUUAGUAGGCACAAACUGCUUAUCCACACGUUGUAUUGGCUUUAAAGAUAAAGUACUGGUGGGGAAAAAUAACACGGCUCAUUGGGUAACCUAUGAAUGAGUGAAAACAAAUAUGUCAUACUGUUUUGAUCCUGAUAUUUUUGAUCAAACAUCUGGCUCUAGUGAGGUCAGUAUUCCCAUUCCAGGGCCAAUAUUGCAUUCCAGGGAAACUGCAGUGGUUGUUCUCAGCUCUGGGGACAUUACUGUACAGAAACAGUCACAAUAUUUGUCCUGUUUACUCUCCAAAAAACAAAUCCUCAGUCAAGUCUCUGUGACCUCACUGUAGUAAUUCUGUGACUGGCCUUUGGCUCCUUGUUUGAAACUUCAGGAGGAAAACAUACUUUUUGUUGUUAGCACUUAGCAUACUUUUUGUAGGUUAGCACUAAUUAACAAACUAUUUAACUAAAUAACUAAUUAACACUUGGAAAGGUGAAACCAAAUGUGAAAUGAGUCUUAGAUAGGCAGGGAUGUUCAUUGUUUCAGUGACAGCUGUAUUAUCUCAAAAAAAAAAAACAAAAAAAAAACAGAUUUUUGAAUCCUUAUGUUGGUCAUUCAAGCAGGUUUCCCCUUUGCAUGGGGCUGCCAAUGUCAUCAGAUGUGUUUUUGAAGCAGCAUUUUUUCUUCCAUUGUUUGUAAAUAAGGGCACACUAAUUUCUUUACGCUUAUUUAUCCUUACUGGAGAUAGAAUCAGGAAAGACAUUAUCCACUUCUUGUUCUUGGAAGGAUAUUUACAUUAAAUAACAAAUGGAACUGCAGUCUUGUAGGAAAGUAGAUUUGGGGUUGGUUCUUUUAGUAUUUGCUGCUGUUGAGCUUAAAUUCCCCUUCUAGUUGGUGCAGGCCACUUAUCUCCUCAAAGAAGUGGGCUUGGAUGCCAGUACCUCUGAUGUGCCAUUUUCCAUUAAUAUUCUGGUACUCCUGUUUCCUUCUUUUGGCAUGAGUGCCACUGUGUGCAAUGAAAGCUCUGCAUUCUUGAUUAAGAAAUAUGAAAACAGUUGUAAGCAACCCCCAGAAAAUAAGUUGAAUUAAGCUGUGAAGUCUGGUAGUUCAACAUGAGCAAAUGCACAGAUACAGUUUCGUUCGGAAGUUUUAUGUAAGUUAAAACAGUGAAGAGAAUACACUCAUGCUUUAGCUGGUCACAAACAGCAAAGAUGGGAUUCAAAAUUGGGCAUGACAGUGGUCUGUGUGCAUUACAAUUGCUUAUUUCUUCAUGAUUUGAACUCCUUAAACAAUAGCAGCAUAAGAAAAUGAUGACAAUUUUGUUCUGCCUAGAAUUUUUUUUGACGUGUAGUGUCCUAGAGUUUAGUUUUGGAAUAUCACUGUUGAAUAUAGAAGUACUCAUAACCAAAAUCUGCUCUUCAUGCACAUGAAUUCUCUUGAGGACUAUCACGAGAGUGGGCUAUGGGGUUUUUUUUGUUGUUGGUUUGUUUUUGGUUUUUUUUUGCUUCUAAGUGGCAGCACUCAAGUUUUUGUUGUUAUUUGCCCUCCACUUUGCUAGUUUUUUGCCUUGCUAUGGCAAAUGGAAAUGUUGCACUGGAUCCUUUUUAUUCAUUCAGUUAUAAAAUAAGAGCAGCCAGCCCAGACGCUUUAGAUAAUUUUCAGGUUCUACACACACGGUUUCAUAAUAAUGAUUUGGAAAAGGUGGAGGUGAUUGACUACAUGUGACUCUUUCUGAGAAAAAUAGUAGAAAGCAAAUUGCUUAGAAACACUUCAGAUAUGAAAGAAACAUGAUUUUAAGUAUUCUUUCACUUAAUGUAUAUCCAAAAGGUAAAAGUCUUUUCUGUGUUCCAGAUCAGCACUCUUUGAAAAGUAAAGAUAACAUAUCACUCAUGAUAUUAUGGUGCUUUGCAGAUAUUUGCCUAUUGUG